GAACAAUCUAGAAGAGUAGAAGUGGUUUCAAUCUCGGGAUCAAAUAAAUUACUUAGGAGAGGGUUUUGAGCAACUCCGACUCUUCAUUCAUUCUCUUUGAUGUUCAAGCUUGCUGAAUAAGGGUGAAUUAUGGAGUACCAUAAGAUAGACUGAAUCAUGGCUUUGGAAGUGGUGAUGGUGUUUUGGGAACAUGGAAAACAAUUUCAAAUUGACAAAACUUUAACAAAUACUGGUACUUUAAAUACAUACAUACGAAAUAAGGUAUUAUAAUGUUAAAAUUGUUGAAGUACUAUAAUGAUUAUUGAUAGACCGUUAAUUGCACAUGUUUUUAUCUUAAGCCGUUGGAGAUGUCGAUUCUAGUAUUUUAGGCUGAUUUCACGCUAGUUUGUUCUUGUUUGUGAUAUUUCAGGUCCUAGUACGUGAAUGAAGGUUUGGGGAUGAGUUCGGGAUCGAUUGGAUGAAGAUUGGACAUGUAGCGUGAAGCUGAUGGAGCCACAUAGGCACACCUAAAACUACACGGCCGUGUGGCACAAAAUUGCAUGGGCAAAGUCACACGGGCCGUGUAGGGGACCCCCUGUGGGCCGUGUGGAAAUUCCAGGGAAUUCACACGGGCAUCCUGGAAUUCCACACGGCCGUGUGGUUCGUGGCAGUGUAGGAAGCCUGAGUACUUAUCAAAACGCCGCGGUUUGCACAACUGACACGGGCAGCUGGGGAUGUCACACGGCGUGUGGCCUGGCCGUGUGAGUCGGGAUUUUCUGGGUUUUAACCCAAUUUUCAGCAAAUGAGAAGCGGUUCCGAGUUUGAGAGAAAGAAAGCGAUUCCUAGAGAGAGAAAGCGACGAACCAGAGUUCCCAAGUGCCCUAGCUUGAUCUUCAUCACCAUUGGAGCUCGGUUCACACUUGGAGAAGUGCCGAUUGAAAACCAGGAGCAGAAACCCAUCCUUCAUAACAUAAUUUUUGCAUCUGAGCUUGCUUUUGCUUCUCUCUCCAUGGAGUAACUUCCUCAUUCAUCUGGGUAUGGAGAACCCUAGAUUUGUAUGUUAGGUCUGAUUGUAUGAACCAAAUUACAUAUUCUAUGAUUUGAUUAUAUUCAAUUGAGGUUUGAUUUAUUGAAUGGCAUGAAUCCUGAUCAAAUUCCUGUUGCUUCUGCUUCAACCUAGAAAGAGAAUAUCUGCCUAGGUGGAGGUUUGGUUCGUUAAGGCCUCAAUCCGUUUACUCCGGUGGAUGUUAGUCGCCCGCUGGAGACUCAGAUUGAGAGGGUCUGGAGACCUUUAGUCGAGACUUCAGACUGUUUAAGAACCUCCCACAAUAUAACUAUCUUUGAACCUGAACUUGGUAAAUUACAAUCCGGCUUAACUGCAUUCUAGGGGGAACCAUAUCCGGGUGACCUCUCCCGACUUGAAAACAACCUUCUUGCUUGCUUUACUUGUUUGCUUGUUUGAACCUGCACUAAAGUUUCACCGCUAAAUAAUAAGAAUUCAGUGAGUAGUCAUCACAUCUAGGACCCGGGUUUACAUUAAAACCCAAACCCGCUAUACUACGCUUUAGGAAGUGGUUACACUUGGCCAUUUUCUAGAGUGACAGUAGGAGUGAUUCAAGUUUUUGGAGCCGUUGCCGGGGACGGCUAGGUUGUUGAAGAAACGUGAAUUCUGUUAAUUUAGCUUUUCGUUUUAGCAUUGUUUGCUUUGUCACACUUGUGCCUUCACGGGUUUGCUUGCUUGACUGUGUGCAGGUAGUGCAUGACCCGUAGCCAGUCGGGAGGUUUACUGCCGUUGGAUCCGGAGAUUGAACGCACCUAUCGCCAACUUAGGAGACAACAGCGAGCUACACUAGCUACGGAGGAGCGCAUAGACGGCCACUUGAGCAGUGAUUAUGAGGAAGAGUACGAGAUGGGAGGCGAACACAACCCACACCAGGGGAAUCCUCUCCAGGUUCCCCCGGUGAAUCAGAUUUUGGGGAACAACCCCAUACCCCAGGCAGAUGGGGUUCAUCAUCAUCCACCGCCACCGGGUCCCACCUUGGAGUACUACUACACUCCAUGGGUUGCUGAUACCCGUCCUGUCAUCCUCUACCUGCCCAUUCCAGCGAACAACUUCGAGAUCAAGCCAUGCUGGAUUCAACUCAUUACAUCAUCUGUCCAGUUUCAUGGCUUGAAGGAUGAGGAGGCAAGGGUGCACCUGUCCUGUUUCCUGCAGCUGACGAACAGGUUCAAGCUGAACGGUGUUCCUGAUGAUGUAAUCCGCUUUCACCUCUUCCCUCGUUCUCUGGCAGGGCAUGCUAAGAGGUGGUUGGAGACCCAACCCCCAUUGUCCAUCACUUCUUAGGACGAUUUGGCCGACAAGUUCGUACACAGGUACUAUCCGGCGUCAAAGACCACAGAGAUCCAGCGGGAGAUCACUCACUUCCGCCAAGAGCCAGACGAGUCACUUUGUGAUGCAUGGGAGCGGUACAUGGGAUUUUUCUGGCAGUGUCUGAUAUGAUCCCAAAUGAUCCAUUAUACACGUUUAAUUUACUUGACGAAGUAGCUAACGAAGUUGGAAAGAAGAAGGGCAGAAUUUGGCUAAGUCAAAAUCCGUGUUCAGGGUACAUACUUUGGAGGCAUGGUUCUCUCAAUUGGCUUGGUGGAAAUUCAAGGUUAAGGGUUUGUAUUGAAGAAAAAGUUUCCAUCAUUUCAAUGGUAGUCUUUUUGGAUCCAGAUGAUGUCAUUAAGGUUGUUUUCCAAGGCCUCAAAGUUGCUACCUCAAAACUGGAAAACUGCCAGAAAAUGGCUAAGGCAGAAAACUGUUUUGUGAAGCCUAUUUUGGAGCUCAAUUCGAGGAGUAUGGAUCUGAUUCAAUUCCAAAGGCUUCCACAAAAUGAAACUAGGUAUGUUUG